AGAUUGGUCAUCGGUUGAAGUGUCAUCAGCUCGAGGUAACGAUUAGGGCACGGUGUGAACCCACCGUGAGGUCUGGGAGCGGAUCGCCGGGCAGCACAACGAUUGACGUCACGAAUGCGAUAGGCGGCCAAGAUGGUUGUCAAUGUUGAUAAGUGGUUUGGUUACUCGGAGGACCAGUGAUAAGGGAGCCCCAGUGCGGUGCGGCAUUAUGCCCGUCAAGUAAUACGAGGCUCGUGACUCGCUGGAGGAGCCGGCGAUCGUUGGCGCACGACGAGGGAUGGCGGACGGCGAAGAUGCGACCGAGCAGGAGAUCCGACGUGCUCUGGACGUCGUGCAGUCCAUGAUCGACAUCUCCGCUGAUCGACUGGAGGGCUUGCGGACUCAAUGCUCUACCAGCGCAGAACUCACCCAGCAGGAGAUAAGAACGCUCGAGGGGAAACUAAUAAAGUUGUAUGCUAAACAACUUGUAACAAAAGCCAAAUUGGCUGCAGACUCAUUACCAGCUGAAAUGAGACAAUAUCCAUCAUUACAACAAUGGUUGCGAGUUGUCGGUCUCGCCCCAGAAUCAAUCCAGAUUGUUUGUUCCAAAGCUAAUUCCCUUGAGGCCCUGAAAGAGAAGUCUGAGCAUGAGUUGAGCAGUAUGUUAGGUGAAAAUAAUGUAAGAUAUGAGGAAGAACUUCGUAGACUGUGCAGAGCAUUACAUAAUUUACGAAGAUACAUAGAUGUUCUUGUGAGAGGAGAUAUGGAAAAUAACGAUAUGAAUUUAUACUGGGAUUCUUGGGACAGACAUCAGUUACGUACGGGGGCCUCCCCUAGGCCGAUUCGAUCUCGUACUACACGGUGUUCCGUUCCAUCAGAAGAUAGCAUUCCAUAUCAUCAUAAUAACAACAAUUUAAACAGUGAUAUAUUAGCGCAAGCUUCUUCUGUAUCAUCUUUGACGUCAACUAGUCCUCCCUGUACCCCACUAUUAUCAAGGCAAGGAUAUGGAAUUAAAUGUCCAACAACUCCUCCACCGUGCAAGAAACAUCAGAUUGGUGUGCAAAAUAGCAUGCCACAACCCGAAGCGUUCCCAUUAACUAAGUCAAAAUCUCACGAAUCGCAAUUAGCAGAUCGUCUUGAAAAUGGAGAUGCAACGUCUAGUUGUGGAAAUGAGUCUCACGUUGGCGCCAUAGGAAGAAGAAAUCGUUUACCAACGGAACCAGGUUCAUGCUAUAAUACAACAGAUUUUGUAGGAGAAAGUCUCUUGCCAAACAGUAAUAGUCCUGUUAAAUCACCACCUUACUCUAGUGCAGAAAGUGAUGACAACAGCUUUAAGGGAACAGUAACAAGUCUACAAGUGCCAAAAUCUCCACGUACUCCGACUGUGACCCGCGGCAUGGGUCAUAUAAUUGCUCACCGCUUUACCAAAACUUUUAAGAUGAUGACAACAUGUGACUACUGCGAGAAGCAAAUGUUCAUAGGCACUGGUUUAAAAUGCAAGGAGUGUAAAUAUAAAUGCCACCGAGAUUGUGAAUCUAAAGUACCUCCCUCAUGUGGCCUACCUCAGGAACUCUUUGACGAGUUUAAACGAACUGUACAAGCUGACGGUAUGAUAAAUGCUUCUCCAAUAUUAAGCAAGCCUGGUAUAACAUCUCCAAAUCACCAUAAUUCAAAUUUAUUAGCUUCUUUAAAUCGAAGAGAUCGGAAACGGUCACAUCCACACUCUUCUAUGAACAUACCUUUUCAGGGCGCAGAUUCUAGUUCAAAUACUUCGAGCUGUAAUAGCUCAACGCCUUCUAGUCCAGCAUUACUACCUGCCAAUACUAGCCAGACUCCACAGGCUCCUGUCAAACAGCAGUUUCAUUUCCCAGACGUCGUACUGAAUGAAAAAGGAGUGACACUGGAGACGCACAAACUCGAAGGUACAACAAUGUCGAGUGAUAGCGAGAGAACAGUAAGUGUUUCAGGAUCUGGUAGUGUUAGCACAGAUUCAGAAAGGACACCGGUGAGAGUUGAUUCUCAGGAUUCUCAAGUUUCCGACGGCGAACCCGGAGAUGGUCGUUGGCCUCGGCAAAACAGUUUGUCGAUGCGGGAGUGGGACAUUCCAUAUGACGAAUUGAAGAUUGGCGAGCCGAUUGGCACGGGAAGAUUUGGUACCGUAUACAGAGGCAAUUGGCAUGGAGAUGUUGCAAUUAAAGUCUUGAAUAUGGAUUAUUACUUGGAUGAUGAUAAGACAUUAGAAGCAUUCAAAUUAGAGGUAGCCACAUUCCGAAAAACUCGACAUGAAAAUCUAGUUUUAUUUAUGGGAGCUUGUAUGAAACCUCCUCGAUUGGCUAUAGUAACUAGCAUGAGUAAAGGCAUGACACUUUAUACUCAUAUUCAUUUACGAAAGGACAAAUUUAAUAUGAAUAAAACUACUAUUAUCGCUCAACAGAUUUCUCAGGGUAUGGGAUAUCUUCAUGCUCGUGGAAUAGUGCACAAAGAUCUUAAGAGUAAAAAUAUAUUUUUAGAAAAUGGAAAAGUUGUAAUAACAGAUUUUGGUUUGUUUAGUGUUACCAAAUUGUGCUACGGAAAUAGGAAAGGAGAUGGACUGAGCAUACCACCUGGUUGGUUAUGUUACUUAGCGCCCGAAAUCGUUCGACGACUGAGGCCACAACAAAAUCGGGAUCAAGAAGAAUUGUCAUUUACAGCUGCUUCUGAUGUAUAUGCAUUUGGGACUGUCUGGUACGAGUUAUUAUGCGGAGAAUGGCCCUUUAAAGGACAACCUCCCGAAGCUAUAAUAUGGCAAGUCGGGAAAGGAAUGAAACAAACUUUGGCAAAUUUGCAAGCUUCUCGUGAUGUAAAGGACAUUUUGAUGCACUGUUGGUCAUACCACGCAGAAAAUCGUCCUGACUUUGCAAAGCUGUUAAGUACACUUGAAAAGCUGCCUCGCAAAAGGUUAGCACGUAGUCCCUCUCAUCCUAUACAUCUUUCUCGUUCUGCGGAAUCUGUGUUUUGA